AUGCCUCUGCCCAGCCACCUGCUGCCCGCCCUGGUCCUGUUACUGGCAAGAUCCCCAGGCUGGGCCUGGGUCCCCAGCCACUGCAGGAGCCCUGGCCAGGCCGCGUGCAACUUCGUGUGUGACUGCAGGGACUGCUCGGAUGAGGCCCAGUGUGGUUACCGUGGGGCCUCGCCCGCCCUGGGCACCCCCUUCACCUGCGACUUCGAGCAGGACUCCUGCGGCUGGCAGGACAUUAGCACCUCAGGCUACAGCUGGCUCCGAGACAGGGCGGGGGCCGCACUGGAGGGUCCUGGGCCUCACUCAGACCACACGCUGGGCACCGACCUGGGCUGGUACAUGGCCGUCGGAACCCACCGAGGGAAAGAGGCAUCCACCGCAGCCCUGCGCUCGCCAACCCUGCGAGAGGCAGCCCCUUCCUGCAAGCUGAGGCUCUGGUACCAUGCGGCUUCUGGAGAUGUGGCUGAGCUGCGGCUGGAGGUGACCCAUGGCUCAGAGACCCUGACCCUGUGGCAGAGCACAGGGUCCUGGGACCCCGGCUGGCAGGAGUUGGCAGUGACCACAGGCCGCAUCCGGGGUGACUUCCGAGUGACCUUCUCUGCCACCCGAAAUGCCACCCACAGGGGCGCUGUGGCUCUAGACGACCUAGAGUUCUGGGACUGUGGUCUGCCCGCCCCCCAGGCCAGCUGCCCCCUGGGACACCACCACUGCCAGAACAAGGUCUGCGUGGAGCCCCAGCAGCUGUGCGACGGGGAAGACAACUGCGGGGACCUGUCUGAUGAGGACCCACUCACCUGUGGCCGCCACACAGCCACCGACUUUGAGACAGGCCUGGGCCCAUGGAACCGCUCGGAAGGCUGGUCCCGGAACCACAGCGCUGGUGGUCCUGAGCGCCCCUCCUGGCCACGCCGUGACCACAGCCGGAACAGUGCACAGGGCUCCUUCCUGGUCUCUGUGGCCGAGCCUGGCACCCCUGCUAUACUCUCCAGCCCCGAAUUCCAAGCCUCAGGCGCCUCCAACUGCUCGCUGAUCUUCUAUCACUAUCUGCAUGGCUCUGAGGCUGGCUGCCUCCAGCUGUUCCUGCAGACUCUGGGGUCCAGUGCCCCCCAGGCUCCUGUCCUGCUGCGGAGGCGCCGAGGGGAGCUGGGGACUGCGUGGGUCCGAGACCGUGUUGACAUCCAGAGCGCCCACCCCUUCCAGAUCCUCCUGGCCGGGCAGACAGGCCCAGGGGGCGUCGUGGGUCUGGACGACCUCAUCCUGUCUGACCACUGCAGACCAGUCCCGGAGGUGUCCACCCUGCAGCCACUGCCUCCUGGGCCCUGGGCCCCAGCCCCCCAGCCCCUGCCGCCCAGCUCACGGCUCCAGGAUUCCUGCAAGCAGGGGCAUCUCGCCUGCGGGGACCUGUGUGUACCCCCGGAACAGCUGUGUGACUUCGAGGAGCAGUGCGCAGGGGGCGAGGAUGAGCAGGCCUGCGGCACCACAGACUUUGAGUCCCUGGAGGCCGGGGGCUGGGAGGACGCCAGCGUGGGGCGGCUGCAGUGGCGACGUCUCUCAGCCCAGGAGAGCCAGGGGUCCAGUGCAGCUGCUGCUGGGCACUUCCUGUCUCUGCAGAGGGCCUGGGGGCAGCUGAGCACGGAGGCCCGGGUCCUUACACCCCUCCUUGGCCCUUCUGGCCCCAGCUGUGAACUCCACCUGGCUUACUACUUACAGAGCCAGCCCCGAGGUUUCCUGGCACUAGUUGUGGUAGACAACGGCUCCCGGGAGCUGGCAUGGCAGGCCCUGAGCAGCAGUGCAGGUGGCUGGAAGGUGGACAAGGUCAUUCUAGGGGCCCGCCGCCGGCCCUUCCAGCUGGAGUUUGUCGGUUUGGUGGACUUGGACGGCCCUGACCAGCAGGGAGCUGGGGUGGACAACGUGACCCUGAGGGACUGUAGCCCCACAGUGACCACCGAGAGAGACAGAGAGGUCUCCUGUAACUUUGAGCGGGACACAUGCAGCUGGUACCCAGGCCACCUCUCAGACACACACUGGCGCCGGGUGGAGAGCCGUGGCCCUGACCACGACCACACCACAGGCCAAGGCCACUUUGUACUCCUGGACCCCACAGACCCCCUGGUCUGGGGCCACAGCGCCCACCUGCUCUCCAGGCCCCAGGUGCCAGCAGCGCCUAUGGAGUGUCUAAGCUUCUGGUACUACCUCCAUGGACCCCAGAUUGGGACUCUGCGCCUGGCCAUGAGACAGGAAGGGGAGGACACACACCUGUGGUCACGGUCGGGCACCCAGGGCAACCGCUGGCAUGAGGCCUGGGCCACCCUUUCCCACCAGCCUGGCUCCCGUGCCCAGUACCAGCUGCUGUUCGAGGGCCUCCGGGACGGAUACCACGGCACCAUGGCGCUAGACGACGUGGCCAUGCGGCCAGGCCCCUGCUGGGCCCCUCAUCACUGCUCCUUUGAGGAUUCGGACUGCGGCUUCUCCUCGGGAGGCUGGGGUCUCUGGAGGCGCCAGGCCAAUGCCUCGGGCCACACAGCCUGGGGCCCCCCAACAGACCACACCACUGAGACAGCCCAAGGGCACUACAUGGUGGUGGACACCAGCCCAGACGCACUGCCCAGGGGCCAGACGGCCUCCCUGACCUCCAAGGAGUAUAGGCCCCCAGCCCAGCCUGCUUGCCUGACCUUCUGGUACCACGGGAGCCUCCACAACCCAGGCACCCUGCGGGUCCACCUGGAGAAGGGCGGGAAGCACCAGGUGCUCAGCCUCAGUGCCCAUGGUGGGCUGGCCUGGCGCCUAGGCAGCGUGGAUGUGCAGGCCGAGCGAGCCUGGAGGGUGGUGUUUGAGGCAGUGGCCGCAGGCGUGGCACACUCCUACGUGGCUCUGGAUGACCUGCUCCUCCAGGAUGGGCCCUGCCCUCGGCCAGGUUCCUGUGAUUUUGAGUCUGGCCUGUGCGGCUGGAGCCACCUGGCCUGGCCCAGCCUGGGCGGAUACAGCUGGGACUGGGGCGGGGGAGCCACUCCCUCUCGUUACCCCCAGCCCCCUGUGGACCACACCCUGGGCACAGAGGCAGGCCACUUUGCUUUCUUUGAAACUGGCGUGCUGGGCCCCGGGGGCCGGGCCGCCUGGCUGCGCAGCGAGCCUCUGCCGGCCACCCCGGCCUCCUGCCUCCGCUUCUGGUACCACGUGGGCUUUCCCGAGCACUUCUACAAGGGGGAGCUGAGGGUGCUGCUGCGCAGUGCCCAGGGCGAGCUGGCCGUGUGGGGCACAGGCGGGCACCGGCGGCACCAGUGGCUGGAGGCCCAGGUGGAGGUGGCCAGCACCAAUGAGUUCCAGGUUGUGUUUGAAGCCACUCUGGGCGGCCAGCCAGCCCUGGGGCCCAUUGCCCUGGACGACGUGGAGUAUCUGGCUGGGCAGCGUUGCCAGCAGCCUGCCCCCAGCCCGGGGGACACAGCCGCACCUGUGUCUGUGCCAACUGCAGUUGGCAGUGCCCUCCUAUUGCUCAUGCUCCUGGUGCUGCUGGGACUUGGGGGACGGUGCUGGCUACAGAAGAGGGAGAGCUGCCCCUUCCAGAGCAACACAGAGGCCACAGCCCCCGGCUUUGACAACAUCCUUUUCAAUGCGGAUGGUGUCACCCUCCCGGCAUCUGUCACCAGCGAUCCGUAGACCACCUCAGACAAGGCCCCGCUUCCUCAUGUAACAUCCAGCACUUGGUCAGACCCUAGCCGGGGACCGGACACCUGCCCCGCCCAGGCUGGGGCAGGCUGCAGGUCUCAGGACAUGCAAGGGCCUGGGCGUUCCCUGCCCUGUGCUGACUGUUGUUCUGUGAAUAAACACCCCGGCCCAUGAGGGCGGCCCAAG